AGCAAGCCAUUCCGGCCCCCUUUAUUUCGCUUCUUCCCCCACAGUAAUCAGUAGAAAGUUGAAUUCCAUCAGCUGCUCUCUCAUUCUCGCUCUCAUUGUCGCUCUUUACACAUACCGGAAUUCGUGUGUAUAUAUAUGUACAUAUAGCAGUCCAUGAAAUUGGAGGAGAACUCUAACUCGGAGAAUCCUUCUCACUCCACCUUGUUCACUUGUUGCUCUCCCCUUCACUUUUAUGGCUAAUAAUCCCACUGACGGCCCCUCCGACGACUUCCUUGAGCAAAUCCUAGGGUUUCCUGCCUAUGCCGGAGCUGCAGCCCCAACCGACCCCAACUUGGCUCCCGGGAAUGACGCCCAUGCCUUGCCGCCUCCCAUGAUGCUCCAGCUCAGCUCCGGCGACGCCUCCUCUCACCUCGCCAGUGUCGGCCUCGGCGUUGGAGUUGGACUCGGUGUUGGCACUGGUGGUACCUUUCACGGGGGUAAUUUUCCUUUAGGGCUGAGUUUGGAGCAAGGCAAGGCGGGAGGGUUUGUGAAGAUGGAAGAAGCCUCCGGGAGCGGGAAGAGGUUCCGAGACGACGUCGUUGAUGGCAGACCUGCUGCUUCUUCCGUCAGACCUGGUUUCCAUGGACAGCCAUUGCCAACGACAGUUCCUGUAGUUCCACAUCCACCUGCAAUUCGACCAAGGGUGCGGGCAAGGCGAGGUCAGGCUACAGAUCCUCACAGUAUAGCUGAGAGGCUACGCAGAGAAAGAAUAGCAGAAAGAAUUAGAGCUUUGCAAGAAUUGGUUCCCAGUGUCAAUAAGACUGACAGGGCCGCAAUGCUUGAUGAAAUUGUAGAUUAUGUGAAGUUCCUGAGACUUCAGGUGAAGGUGUUGAGCAUGAGUAGAUUGGGGGGAGCUGGCGCAGUGGCACCACUUGUGACGGAUAUUCCAAUAUCAUCAGUUGAGGAAGAGAGCGGCGAAGGUGGAAGACCCCAGCCGGCCUGGGACAAGUGGUCAAAUGAUGGUACUGAACGUCAGGUAGCAAAACUCAUGGAAGAAAAUGUUGGGGCAGCUAUGCAGUUUCUUCAAUCCAAGGCACUCUGUAUAAUGCCUAUAUCUCUUGCUUCAGCUAUAUACCACACGCAACCACCAGAUGCCUCCAACCUUAUCAAGCCUGAAACAAAUCCUCCUCCGUAGGCCUCAUCAAUGUCAUAACAUCCCAGUCCCAAAAAACAAAGUUUGCUGUGGCCAAUUGAUUCCCCGUCCGUAAGAUCAGACUUUAUGAAAAUCAACUUUUGCUUCCUUUAAUUGAAAUCUAUGUCAGAUGCCAUGAUCCCACCUUUUGCCUUAUUGUAGCUUUAUUCUGGAGAAGGUCUGGUGUUAUUUGUAGAGUAAUAGGAACGCACCCCUAGUGUCUUGCUAGAUUCAUGUAGUGAAGAAAUUGUCAAAGUUCUCUUGAUAUGCUGUGCUUUUUUGUAUCAAUGAUGUGACCUGGAAGUAGUGGUGGAUGAUGGAAGCACAUUUAUAGUGGGGACUCUCAUUUUGAUGGUGGAUGUUGGGACCCUUCAAAGGCGUGAUGCACAUAUAUUUAUGUACUAAUGUAAUUAGAUUUCAGCACAAAUGGCAUUUCGAGUUAGAAUGGAUAAUGCUCGUUUGUCCCAGAAAGCUGGAUUUGUAGUCCAACCAAAAUUAUUAGUGGCGUGGGUGGGUUGGUUCAUGAAAGUGGUUUUGACUUC